CAGUAGCCUACUUUUAUUUUGAAACUGAGGUUUCUUACGUCGCACAUGACGAUGUAAAUGUUGCGCGCCAGUUCGUACAGUUCAGUUUUACAGCCCCAAUAUAAGAACUGACAAGAUUUGAUUCAAUAGAAAGCGACAAGUUUUGAAAUGUGGAAACUGCAACCAACCGAAUCUGGAGAGGAAAGUAUCGUUCUGUUCGCGGGUCAGGAGUAUGUGGUCGGCCGUAAGAACUGUGAGAUCUUGCUGUCUAAUGAUCAGUCCAUCAGCCGUGUGCACGCCAACCUCACUGUCACUCAGCAGGCGGUUAGUCUAAAGGACAGCUCUAAAUAUGGCACUUUCAUCAAUGGUGAGAAGCUUGAAACUGGCUCCACAAAGAUCCUUCAGACAGGAGACAAAAUCACAUUCGGAGUCUUUCAGAGCAAGUUCAGUUUGGAGAAAGAGUGUGUUGUGGUGUGUUCCUCAUGUGUCGAUAAUGAAGGGAAAGCCUCCCUCUCUCAAGAUUUGCGCUCUGUUGGGGGGCGACUUGUCAACUCCUGGACUCUUGACUGCACACAUCUCGUCAUGCCCACUGCAAAGGUCACCAUAAAGACAAUCUGUGCAUUGCUGUGCUGUCGGCCCAUAGUAAAGCCUGAAUUCUUCAGUGCGUUUAGCAAAGCUGUGCAGCAGAAACUUCCACUGCCUAAACCUGAGAAAUUUAGGCCUCAGACUGAUGAGCCCAGCCUGGCUAAAGAGGAUGUGGAUCUGAGUGCACGACCUGAGAGAAAGAGCCUCUUCAAGGGGAAAACUUUUCUGUUUUUGAACUCAAAACAGAUGAAGCGUUUGAGUCAGGCGGUGAGUUGUGGAGGUGGGGUGAGCCAGCUUUUGGACCAGGGCUCUCUGCCCAUUUCACUUUUGGAGUCAAGCAGCACCUGCGUAGUUGACAUAACUUCAGGGAACUCCCAGGCUGUGAUCCCUCCAGCAUCCAAGAAGUGGGUGGAUUCUGUGGCUCAGAUUCUGCACAGAAACGGCUUGCGCUUUAUUACUGAAUCUGAGAUUGGAUUGGCUGCUAUUCAUAUCAAUAAUCAAACCUACUGCAAUCCCUUCUUUUCUAUGCAAUCUGAAUCGGUGAAAGUGAAACCAGUCAUUGCUGCAGCAACACCUUCUCAGAACACUGCUGUAGAUGAGACGGCGCUUGCGCCACCUUCCCAGAAUAUCACCACCUAUGUGGUCAACACUGAGCUCUCUCAGGACCAAAGCAGGAUGGUUACAAGUGGGAUCAGUGCAGUGGGUGAGACUCCAGAGAAGACACAACCCACACAGAAGGGCCCCACUCUGUCAGCAACAAACAAACCCUCAUCCCUCGGCCCGAAACCUUGUGCUACUGGCAUUGUCAAUGAGACAGUGAUGUCAUCUGAAAAGUUCAGCGUGGUUGAACCUGAGCAGAGGAUGAAGAAAAGUUCAGCUUCCUCGGGCAGGAGGCGAGUUGAACCUGAAAGUUCUGUGAAAUUGACAGCGCCUCACAAUGCCAGCACCACACUAAAACGGUCUCCCCAGAAACAGACAGCCCUCACAAACUUCUUCCAGCCUACCGACAAGAAAAGACCACGUGAAGACAAUUCUGUCCAGUCAGUGGCCAAAUUCUUCAGAAAAGACGGCGAGGAUAAAGAGGAUGAGAUCCAGCAAAGUUCCUAUGCCAGUAGAUCUCACAAAACCUCACAUACAGCCCAAAACCAACACAGCUCAGUGUCACAAUCUGAGUUCAGUGCCAGUCUGGUUCAGGCUUGUGGGUCCAGUCAAAACUCUGGCAGCAUGAAGAGAAAGCAACCAGAGCAAGACGCUCCAUCAGCCCCCAAGGAACCUGCAGCAGCUGCUGAUUUAGAAAUGUCACUUGAAGAGCUUGAGUCUAUAAUGUCUGAUGAAAUGGAUGAGCCUCUGCAGGCUGCAGCUAAUAAAAAACAACGUCUUGAUUCAGGAACAAACAGCAGAAUCAAUAACCCACAAUUACCAAAUCAGCAAGAGGGCAUUGAGUCCAAAAGCAGGAAAAGCACAAAGAAUCAGCAAAGCAGUGCCAACAACUUUCAAAACUUGAAGUUGGACAGAACAGGCCCAGCUGCAACAAAUCAGGGCUCUGACAGGCAGUCGAAGAGGUCAUCCAAGCAAACGCCAGAUCUGGAUGCACAUAGUUCAGCAAAGAAGGGGAAAAGACCAGAACUUGAAGAGGUCAAAGAAGAGGAAGUGUCUUUUGUUGUGAAUUCAAGGACCCAAAAUGGCAUUUCCCAGCACUGUGAGCCUGUAGUCAAAAAGGAAAUGCAGGCCUUAACCUCCAAAUCUGGAUCCGAGAAUGACCCUGAGCUGCCCAGGAGGCUCCUACAGAUUCACUUUAAGUCCCUGACUGUGAGCACCUCUUCCAGAUCAAGACCCAGCCCGCUACAGACCCAUGACCCUAAUGACAAGAAUGUGAAACGGUUCCGCAAGAGAAAUGUCCCUGGAUUUAAUGGGCUGCCCAACAUUAUCGGAGGCUCAGAGCUGGUGGCUUACAAUCGCAGUAAGAACUCUGAACUGGAGGAAUGGCUCCGACAGGCAGCAGAGGAGGAAAAACAGAAUGAAAGGGAGAAGAUUCUGGGAGAUGAUUUAUUCAGGUACAACCCUAGACGGGCAAAGAAAUAAUAGUUCAUAAUGCUGCCAUUAUCUGUGACAAGAUACAAAGAAAAACAUGUUUCCAUUUUUAAAAGAGCGUUUUAUUUGUCUAUAAUAAAAAAUACUCUGUACAAAAAGUAUAUGUAUAUAUUAAAAGUUGACAUUUUACAAAAUUGAGCAGUCGUAUUUCACCUCCAUCACCUUGUGAAGCAGCUUUGACCAUCCUGCAUUGAAUUAGUGGACUUUUUUUCUUACAGCUCUGAUUUGUCAUCUUAUGGUUUUGGUUCCUUCAAGUGUACCUUCAGGUCUUUUGAUGAUAUCAACUAUCUAGACUGUCAGUCCACACAAACAUUCCCCCAGCAGUCUAAACUUAAAAAUGCUAGUUCAGAAGUUAUUUCAGUUAAUAUUUCAAAGCAAUAAAACAUUUAUUUGGCACAACAGGGUAUUAAGUAAAAUGUUCCACUAUUGAGUGCUGCAAAAUACCUUACUGAGGAGUCGAAAUCGCAAAUCUCUAAAACAUAGCACACUGGAAUAAUCUAAAUUCACAAAUCUCUAAACAUUGCACAUUGGAUUAAUCUAAAUUUUCUGUAAUCCAUAAUAUUCUUAUUUAUCUAUUUUACCUACAAACUACCAGAAUGACUGACAAACACCAUGGUUACUGAAAAUGUAAUGUCUUUCUAACAUUUGGCACUUGAUUUAGGUUGUAGGGAAAGAGUAAGGUUGAUUUUGAUCUUUCCUGAUGGAAAAAAAUGCACACAGUCCAGGUCUUAAUAUGUGACCUCAUAGUUUUCUUCUUUUUGCAGUAAUUCAGAUUAUUUUAGGAGCCUGUUAUGCAGGCUUGAGUACCAUAGAAUUACUGGACGAAAGGGAUGUUUUUUUGUUUGUUUGUUUAAAGUGCUAUUAUGUGUUCUGUAUUAGAAUAUAUAUCCAAAUGGACAAGGUAAUAAACUAUUUGGGAUAAGGCCAUGUUUGUGCAUCAUUGUUUUUUAGAAAAAGAAAUACAUUGGCUCAUUAUAAGCUCAGUUUUGGACAGUUUGUGCGUAUUAAUAUACAUUAAUUGUGCGUUAAUUUAGUGAAGACUGCAACAUAAUCUUUACGAACUAGGCCUUCUGCCUAAGUCAUCUGCUCUUUUGGUAUUGCUUUCCUUUACUACUUAGUGCAAGCCUCCUUGACUUGUGCUGUGUUCACACUGCCAGAUAUUAAAUCACUGAAGUUUAGAGUUUCCGAGCUGUUGGUGUUUAAUAGGCAUACCUAUUCUGCCUCUGUAUCCAACUCAAGUGACAAAUCACUUUGCUUCCAUUGAUAGUUGCUGCAUCUUUUAGCUCAGCUAAUCUUUGUCACUUCUCAACAGCAAGUCUGUUCCUUCUGACACCACCUCUUAAUGAUGUUUUGUUGCU